GUGUUGAAUCCCUGAGCCUGAGUAGUCUUGUGACCCGUCUGUAUGCUGGAGCACAGUCAGUUGUAUAUUAUUCUACAGCUUGCGCCCUGUAAAUCGUAAUUUAGAUUUAGGAACUUUAAAUACUAUAGGGGAGGGUAGGUAUCGACAACGUUUACAUUAUUUCCUUAUUUUUCAGUAAAAAUAUAUUUUUAUAAUAUAAACCUGGAUAUGACUUGACUUUUUUUUUUUUUUUUUUUUUUUUACUCGAAACUGCACUGAAGUACCGACAUUGUACAAGAAAAAGAACUGACCACUGUGAAUUCCUAUCCUUAAGAUUUUCCUUCAUCUGUUCAUCUUAUAUAGUCUCUGAUCGCACUCCUGAACUUGACCAGAAGAAAUUGGACGGAAUUUGAAGCGGUCUAUAUAAACAUGGACGGUUGUGAAGAAUUCGCCUGCAAAGUUCCGAAGGAUAACAGUAGUGAGACUUACUCUGUUCAAACAUUUUGGUUUGAAGAUAAGGGUGUCAUAAAUGUUUGGGACAGUAGCUGUGUGUGGUCAGGUGAGAUCACCGCUGAAAAAUUACAUGAAUUUAGUUCCAAACUAGGUGUGGAUUAUGAAGAGUACUUCUUGGAAUGCAAGCGAGUCCUUACCAAAGAUGGCGGGGAUGCCCAGUUUGUGUAUGGGAUUGAAAACUCGCAUUUCGUGUGGAAGAAAAUUGAUCCAGAUAACAACAUCAAAGUGAAAUUUGGGAGCGCGAAAGUGAAAAAUAUUCCCUUCACCGACGAAGGCAUCAAGAUCCUUAGUGGCUCGUUCAGUCGUGUUCUGCGUCUGAGCGAUGCCUUGAAAGCUGCAGAGGAGAGGAAACUGAAGCACGAUGAGGAAAUGAAGAAUCUGAAGCAAAAGCUGACAAAACUUUGCGAAGAAAAGGAUGCACUGGAGAAAGAGUUGUACGUCAAAUUUAUAGCUAUCUUAAACCAGAAAAAAGAAAAAAUUAAGUCACUGGAAGAACGUUGUGAACGAGGCGUGUUACCCAAGAAAGGAAGGUCGGAUCUCGUUCACAGCAGUGAGGCUGAAUCUGAUGUCGACGAACCAAGCAGUCUGACGCGUAGAGCACCCGCGUCAACCCUUAGUAAGCGGACUUUGAAAACGCCGCCCAAGAAUACGGACGACCGGAAGCAGGACCCGGAGGCGAGGCAGACGCAAGCGAGCAUCCCGCAAGCCAGCGACUGCAAGGACCACUACGACAGCGACACGGACGUAGACACGACCACGGACGACGAGAAGCCGACAUUCGACUUUGUCUCUUCGGAGCCGCAGGCGGUCGCGACGGACGAUGCAGACGACCUGUUCGCCGAAACAAACUCCCCUCCCGCAGUGCUGCCCAAGAGGUCGCGGGAGAAUGCAGGCAUCUCGGAAAGUGAGGCCGGCCCUUCGAAACGAAAAAGUGAAACGAACUCGUUGCCUGUGGCAGAGAAAAUGCCCAAAAUCACUCAGAACCACGACUUUAACUCGCAAGAUUUGUUUGAUGACUUGGUUAAUGAUUAGUGGAUGGUAAGGAAGAUUCUUGUCGCAGCAUUGUUACCAUGCUUCUUGCCAAGAAAUAAAUUUAAAAAACAAAAAAAAAUUAAUGUGAAUCACAUCAUUAAAUACUGUACAUAGUGCACAUUUUUGUACAUUGAUGAAGAAAAUAAUUAUGUUGUUA